CGAUGAUAAAAGUUUAAACUGGUAAAAAUGGAUGACGGAAUGCCCCAAAGUAACGCUCAUAUGGACCGUUUAGUGGACAACCUAAUAGAAGAUGAAGCUGAGAGAGAGAACCUUUUUGCCAAACCCAUCUGCUUCAUCAUAGUUGGAAGACCGGGUGUUGGCAAAUCCACCUUGGCCAAAAAAAUUGCACAGUCUUGGAAGUGUAUCUUGAUUGAUGAUACAGAUCUGCUCAACACACACAUAAAAAAUAAAACAAAGCAAGGCAUAGAGCUCCUAAAUAUCUUAUCUGAGGGGAAAAGUAUACCAGAGGACAAUGUGCUGGAGCUGAUUCUUGCCAGGCUUAACUCACCAGAUGUGGACCACUAUGGAUAUGUGCUGAGCUGCCUGCCAUUCAUGUCGGAAGAGUGUCUGAAGAUUCAUGAGCAGAUUGAACUGAUCAAAAACCUCAAGCUAACACCUGAUUUCAUCAUUAAUAUCAAGUGUGCAGACAAGGACCUGGCCCAGAGGCUGUCAGGUUUGAAACAGUAUCCAGAGACAGGGCAGCUGUACAACAGGGAACAGUGGAGGCGUGAUGAGGUGUACAUCAACACGAAAGAGAACAAGGAUGAGGAAGUGGAGGAUGAAGAGGAGAAGGCUGUUGAAGAGGAACUCCAAAAGGAUAUUAUUGAUCAAAUGGUGUGGAUACCAGAGAAUCUGGCCAGAAAUGCUUUUAUCAGAAUCAACAUGUACAAGGAUACCAUGCUCAGACCACUGGAGGACUACAUGACAGACCACAACCCCAUCUACUUGUUGGAGCUGGAUGGAAACAACACACCUGAACAGCUACACUUGUCUGUAAUGUCCCGUCUUGGAUCCAUGGCAAUAAAGCGUGUCUCCAUUCCCAUACUCCUCCGCCAGGCUGAUGACGAAGAAUUGCCAGAAGAUGUUGACACGGAGGACCUGCUGAGAAUUAUGUCGUCUUCCAGGGAAGUGGCCCCUGGCUUUAGGUGGAGAAGGAGCCGCUGGGGCCGAACCUGUCCUGUUGCUCUGAAGGAGGGCAAGAUCAUUCCUGGCAAGCCUGAAUAUUCUGUAGGCUUCCAGGACAAACUGUACAUCCUCUCAUCUCAAGAGGCCUGCCAGAAGUUUGUCAAAAACCCCAGGCGGUAUUUACUUCCUCCAAUGCCCAGGCCCCCUUGUAGGGUUUCCAUCAUUGGGCCCCCUCAAGCAGGAAAGAGCACCCUAUGUAAGCUUCUAGCCCAGCACUACAACACAUCAGUGCUUGACAUGGAGGAACUGGUGCAGCCAGUUCUGGCCAAGGUUGAACAGGAGAGGCUUGACAAAAUCAAAGAGGAGACUACACAGGUCGCUAUAGAGAAAAUCAAGAUGAAGAUGGAGCAGGAUAGUGGACAGAGUUCAGUGACAGAGGAUCAUCCAGAGGUGAAGGUCAUGGUGCUUAGUGCACUGGAGGAAGCCAAAAAACUAAGCACAUCUCCCCUUGGCCUGUAUGCUGAGGCACUGGCCAACUGUAUAAAAGAGAUGGAAGAGGCAGACACAGGUGCAGAGGUCAGUACUGGCUGGGUGCUUGACAACUUUCCCAUGAACUUCUCCCAAAUGGAUGCCUUACAGCAAGGUGAAAUCCUGCCAGACAUCCUCUUUUGUCUCAAAGACAGUGGUGGAAAUCAAGUUUUGAAGAGAUUGUAUGAGAUGAACAAGGAGAGCGUGGACAAAGCUAUAAGGAGGAGGUUGCAGGACGAACAGUCUGAGAAGGAGAAACAGGUCCCAAACCAAAAGGAGCAAGAAUCAGAGGUGCUUUCAAAUCUAGAGACAGUAGAUGAGGAAACUGAUGAAAAUCCUAAGCAAUCUGAAACCACCAGGCCUAUAUGUCCUGACAUAAUCAAAAAGGAAGCUGUGAUACUACCUGGUCAUUGGGAGUUGGGUUAUCCAGAUGGCCCAGAGAUGAAUGACUAUAAACUGCAACUGCAACAGUUUGUGUCUGAAUGGGAACAAAUGCAGUCAGCUCUAAAUGUUACCUGCUCAGUACUGGAGAUUGAUGGCAAAAGCCCUGAGGAUUUGCUUCAAGAGAUGGUCUUUCAGAUGGAGAAGCCCUUCAAGUAUGUGCCCUGGGAGCUGUCAGCGGUGGAUCUGGACGAGGAGGCAGAGGAUUUGGAGGCCCUAGCAGAGCUUGAGAGAGCCGAGGAAGGCAGCAGUGACAAUGAUGCAGCAGAGGAGGAUGAAGGGGACACAACAGCCAAGAGAUUAUUAGGUGAUACUCAUCAUUUCUGCCCUGUGGCCUUAAAAAAUCAAAACGUCCUGUUGCCCUGUACGGAGGAAAUUGCAGCCAAGUACCGCGAGAAGACCUUCUACUUCUCCAGCCCAGAAGCAAGAGACGCCUUCCUUCAAAACGCUGCACAAUUUGUUGCAAAGACUGAGCCUCUCAAGCCUCCUGCCCUGCGGGUCUUUUUGCUUGGCCCCCGUGGGUCAGGCAAGACCUCUAAUGGUGAGUGGCUCGCCCAGCAGCUCGGUCUCUUCCAUAUUCAGUUCAGGGAGCAGCUCCAAAUGCUCAUCAUGGCCAAGACAAAGAAGCGAGUGCCUCAUACUGAUGAGGAAGAGUCUCAAGAGGAGUCUCCUGAGGACUUGGAGGCCCUGAUACAAGAAGCCAGGGGGGAGGGCGAAGAGGAGGAGAUGGAAGAUACCUCUGCCAAUAUGAAUGACAUGGAGCAGGAAGUGGUACUGACUGAUGAGGAAAUGGCCAUCAAAGCCUACCUCUCUGAUGGAGAACCUCUGACUCCACAGAUUCUGGACAUGGUUAUUGCACCAUACUGGAAACAAGAACCAUACAUGUCCACAGGUUUUAUUUUGGAGGGCUUCCCCCAUCAUCCUGAUGAGGUGCAGUACAUGUUUCAGCAACAGCUUUUCCCUGACAUUGUGGUAAUCAUAUCGGUAGAUGUCAGAGAUGUUCAGAAACGUCUGUUGCCGACAUACCUGGAGAAGUGGCGUGAGCGCCGCAACCACCGUGAAGCACAGCUGAACCUACUUCGCGAUCUGCAUAAGAAAAACAGGGAGGAGAACAUUGUCAAGAGAAGGGCUGAGCUCAUGGCAGAGAAAGGUGCUACGGCAGCCAAAACAAAGGUAAGCGAUCUCAUCAUAACCACAACAGAGGAGGACGAUGAGGAGGAAGAAGAGGAGGAAAAAACUGCAGACAACAUAGAGGAUGAGAUAGAGGCCAUGCUGGAGGAGGAGUUUCCCUCAGAAGAGGAUAACGAAGACAAAGAGAACGAGGAGACUGAGGAAGCUGCUGCUGAGAGGCUGGAAGUGGAGAUAGAAGAGCGUUUUGUGACAGAUGAAAACAACCUUGUUACUAUAACGGAGCUGUUGAGUGAGCAAAACAUACCCAGUGUCUCAAUCAGUGCAUCUCGCAAGCUUCAAAUCGUCCGGCAGCAGCUGCUCCAGAAAAUGCAGCCUCUGCUGACUAACAGGGAGUCACUCUUCCAAAAAUGUCAACCCAUCUCAUACAGCCUGGCACAGAAGCUGCUGCUCUCCACUUACAAGUUACACAGCGCCUUUGGCUGCUGGGAUCCCAUCAAGCAAUACAAGGAGAGAGACUUAAUCCAGCCCCUGCAGUGGCCUCUCAAUACCACAUAUCCCCUGAUCUUCCAUCAGUAUAUCUACUUCUUUGCGUCUAAGGAGAACCGCAACACAUUUAUGGUCAACCCCUUAAAGUACCUUAGGCAGUCCAAGCCCACCCCAUCCCUCCCUGUUAAGAUGGCAGUCCUUGGACCACCCAAAUCUGGUAAAACGGCUGUGGCAAAGAUGUUUGCUCAAAAAUAUGGCUUGGUACAGCUGUCCAUUGGCAGUGUUAUGCGUAUGGUGCUCAACACUCAGGAGCACACUGAUCUGGCUGUCCAGAUGAAAAAGCACCUCUUCCAGGGCCUUGUUGUACCCGAUGAACUGGCCAUUCAGUGUCUGGAGGUGGCGCUCAUGAGCUCGGUCUGCAGCACUCAAGGGUACGUGUUGGAUGGCUUUCCGAUGACACUUAAGCAGGCAGAGCUUAUGAGUUCUCGGAGCAUCAUCCCCAUGAUAGUAGCUGAGCUUGAGCUGGACACAGUGGAGGUCCUGAAGAGAGGCCUUGAGGACAAGAUAAAGUCCAACAAGCCUCACCUGAUGCAUGACAGCUCUGAGAUCCUCCACAUUCGUAACUCCUGUUACAAGCAGGAGGUGGAGCUGGUGAAGAAACACUUCCAGCAACAAUAUCAGAACUGGAUUCUGCUUGAUGGCUUGAAGAGCAAAUGGUGGAUCUGGAACAGUAUUAUAAAAGAAGUCAGUAUCAGCAUGAGAUACAUCCACAGUUACCUGGAUAGGGUACGCAGCGGUCAAGCAGCCUGCAUCAACAGGCUGUGCAUCACACCCAAGGAGCUGCACCAUCGGCUUGGAGAGUUUGGCCAUUACUGCCCAGUCUGCCUGGCUCUACAUCACCACCUGGGAGACUGCUCAGAAAUUUCAGUUUUGAUUCAUGCAGCUGAGCACAGGGGACAAUAUUACAAGAUGUGUGGCGAAAACCAUUUAAAGAAGUUCCUGUCCACUCCAGAUCAAUUUGUGACUCCUGGCUGCCCAAACACUCUCCCAGAGCCCCACCUGCUCCCAAGAAAGCUAACUGAGAUUCAGGUCAAGAACAGGUUCCCACAGCAAGUUGAGAUGAAGGGCUUUUGUCCCGUUACUUACCUGGAUGGAAAACAAAGGUAUGAAGCCCUGGUUCGAGGAAAAAUGGAAUAUGCUGUGGAAUACAGAGAACGGAUCUACAUUUUUGAGACAAAGCAGAAACAGGACAAGUUUUUGAGGACUCCUGAAACCUACUGGGACCAGAGGCUGCCCAGUAAAGUUCCUCCUCUUUGUGAGCCUGUAGCCCUCACCUCCCUCCCAACGUUGGGUUACUUGGAGCAGGGUGUGGCAGUAGCAGUCAUCAAGGCCAUGACAGCUGUUGGGUGUCUCAAACCAAAGCAUCCCUUCCUCUGUAUACAAAGAUCAGCACUCCUAUAUGUGGCCUUCUAUCUGAAAGCUUUCAACCACAAGAGCACAGACUACACUCGCCAGAAGUACAAAAAAAAGCUGGCCUUGUUUGAAGAGAACUGUGCGCUCAUUCCCUACCUGAGCUCAACAAUGAGAGGGAACUACAGGCCCCCCAGUGAACGUCCCAUUGACUUUGAGUUCAAACUUAACAGGUUCCUGGCCUUGGAAGACUUGCCAAGAGCCAACUGUGUGCUGUAACUGUGCCUGUUUUGCACUUUUGACAAUCACAGUAUGUAUGCUUUGAUGA